AGGCCGUACCUGGAAUCGAUACCAGCUGAAGUUUUUUUUCACGGCCAGCGCAGUACGUCAUCAUGUUUUCAUUGUUAUUAUUAGCACUUACCUCGAGAAGUGGUUGCUGAUUAAAUAUCAACAUACCAAUACAAUCCGAUUAAACGCUAUUAGAGAUAACAAAUUUUUAUUAUUUUACAACAAAUCAGCUGAUAAGCUGCUGGUUUAAGUUAGCUUAUUCAGUACUAGUUCUGUUAGCUAAUUCAAUCGGUGCGUUUAUUCAAUAAUAGUUUUGUGGUACUUUUCAACUUAAAUUCUUCAACUAGAAACUAACAAAGAAUGAUUUAUGAUCUGAUUGUGGUUGGUAGCGGGUCGGUAGGCUCGGCAGCCGGUUAUUAUGCGGCCAAAGCAGGUUUAAAAGUGUUGAUGAUCGACAACGGACAUCCACCACAUGAUCAGGGCAGUCACCAUGGUGAAACGCGCCUAAUGCGCCACGCUUACGGCCAGGGCGAGAUCUAUGUACCAAUGGUAUUGCGCGCCCAGCAGCUGUGGGAUGAACUGGAAGAGCAGGUUGGUGAACGCAUUAUGCAUCGGUGUGGCGUGAUUAACAUUGGUCCAAACGACUCUGAAUAUAUACGUAAUGCGAACGAGAGUGCGAGCCGUUACCAAAUUCCAGUAGAAAUGUUAACAGCGGAAGCUGUGAUGAAACGUUGGCCGCAAAUAAAAGUGCCACAUGGUUUUGUUGGAGUGUUUGAACCGAAUGCGGGGUAUUUGAAGAGUGAGGUUGCAAUCGGUCAUUUCAUUCGUCUUGCCAAAGAGGCCGGCUGCACACAAUUGUUCAACUGUCCAACAACUGGUGUUACUCGUGACGGUGAUGUGCAGAAAGUCGAAACUGCAAACGGCGUCUACUUUGGUCGUAAACUGGUGUUCAGCGCCGGCACCUGGUUAACCAAGCUGCUACCGAAACUGCCUGUUCAACCGGUGCGCAAAGUGUUUGGCUGGUAUCAAGCGGAUGAUAGUUACAACGAGAACAACAAGUUUCCAGGAUUUGUUUUCGUAAUAAAAGAUAAUGAAUCAGAGUUUUACGGUUUUCCUGCAAACAACAAUGCACUAAAAGUGGGUAAACAUAGUGGGGGACAGCCAAUAAAUAGUCCAGAAGAGCGAACGCCUUUUGGUGCAUUCCCUGAGGACAAUGGUGAAUUAUUGGAUUUUUUACAUUCGGUUUUUCCGGGUACUAGAGAAUGCAUUUAUGGCAAGUCUUGCACCUACGAUAUGUCACCCGAUAAACACUUCAUUAUUCAUACACAACCAGACCAACUUAUCAUAAGUGGAUUGAGUGGUCAUGCCUUCAAAUUUGCCAGUGUGCUGGGCGAAAUUGCUGCUGCUUUUGCUCAAAAUAAAUCUUCGCCAUUUGAUUUGUCGCCAUUCUCUUUGUCACGUUUUGCUAAGCCAUGCUAGGGGUGCAAUUUGUCGAACCAAAAGUAAUUUUCGGUCAAAAUUUAAUCGGAGUGUAUGAUUAUCACUUUUUUACGUCGAUAAAAAUAUUCAAAUGAAUGCGUAAAUUAAUUUUAAUUCUUAACAAAAGUGCAAAAGUAAACUUGAAACUGUUGGGUUUUUAUUAUAUAACCAAAUAACACUUUAUAUUGAAUAUUGACUGAGCCUUAUAAACUAUAAUCAUUUUUUAUGUAUUUAUCAAAGAAUAAACAAUUCAACUC